AAAGUAAAUUAUUGCUUUGUAAAACUAUUAUAUUACUGUACAAUUAACAUUUAUGCUGUAGGAUUUAAAAUAUCUUCAACACAACAAGAUUUAAUCAAGAAAUGUUUUAAUAUUGUUGGGAUCUCUAUGUAACAUACAAAUCAUAACUGACAAAUUAAGUUAUCUAUUUACUUACUAGGUCAUCUGACAAGUACUAUAAAGUUAGGAAGUAAAUAUGUUAAAGCUUCCGUAUAAGUGUGCAUUUUGUAAAAUAAUUGUUUCAUCUCAGUGGAAAAUGAGGAAUCAUAUAUUGGAACAUACGGGUGAGCGCCCCUUUAAAUGUUUGAUAUGUGAGAGAACCUUUAUCAAACUACAUCAAGUAAAGAGUCAUUUAUUAAAACACUCUUGGGAGGGCCCUUAUAAGUGCACUAUAUGUGGAAAAUCCUUCAAAGCCAAACGUGAUUUGAGAAGACAUGCAUUGAUUCAUACUGAAGAGCGACCUUAUAAUUGCACUACAUGUGGAAAAUCCUUCAAAGCCAAACGUGAUUUGAGAAGACAUGCAUUGAUUCAUACUGAAGAGCGACCUUUUUAUAAGUGCACUACGUGUGGAAAAUCUUGCACAACCAAAAGCAGUAUGAAGGCCCAUACAAAGGUUCAUAUUGGUGAGCGGCCUUAUAAGUGUGAUACAUGUGGAAAGUCCUUCACAGCCAAAAACCAUUUGAAUAGACAUACAUUGGUUCAUACUGGAAAGCGACCUUAUUAUAAGUGCUCUACGUGUGGAAAAUCUUUUACAACCAAAAGCAAUAUGGUGACCCAUACAAAGGUUCAUAGUGGAGAGCGGUCUUAUAAGUGCACUACGUGUGGAAAAUCUUUUACAACCAAGAGCAAUAUGAUGACCCAUACAAUGGUUCAUACUGGAGAGCGGCCUUAUAAGUGCGCUACGUGUGGAAAAUCUUUUACAACCAAAAAAUAUAUGAAUUCCCAUACAAACGUUCAUAUUGGAGAGCGACCUUAUAAGUGUGAUACAUUUGGAAAGUCCAUUACAACCAUAACCCUUUUGAAUAGACAUACAUUGGUUCAUGCUGGAGAAGCAUCUUUUAAGUGCACUACAUGUGGAAAAUCCUUCAAAGCCAAAAGCGAUUUGAGAAGACAUGCAUUGAUUCAUACUGAAGAGCGGCCGUAUAAGUGCACUACAUGUGAAAAGUCCUUCACAACCAAAAACUAUUUGAAGAAACAUAUAUUGAUUCAUACUGGAGAGCGGCCUUAUAAGUGUGAUACAUGUGGAAAAUCCUUUAAAACCAAUCAGGAAUUGAGGAGGCAUACAAUGGUUCAUACUGGAGAGCGGCCUUAUAAAUGCACUACAUGUGAAAAAUCCUUUAAAUCCAAUCAGGAAUUGAGUGUACAGAGUUACAGGCUACACCUGUGGUCCGAUGUUGAUGAAAUUUGGUCAUUUUGGAGGCAGUACUGCAGUGCUUUGUCUUUUGAGGAUAAGAUGUUGGAGUGUAAUUCUUGUGAAUUGAAGAGGCAUACAAUGGUUCAUACUGGAGAGCAACCUUAUAAAUGCACUACAUGUGAAAAAUCAUUUAAAACCAAUCACGAAUUGAGUAGGCAUACAGUGGUUCAUACUGGAGAGCUGCCUUAUAUGUGCACUACAUGUGGAAAGUCCUUCGUAGCCAAAAACAAUUUGAAGGGACAUAUAUUGAUUCAUACUGGAGAGCGACCUUAUAAGUGUACUACUUGUGGAAAAUCCUUUAAAACCAACUGCGAAUUGAGGAGGCAUACAGUGGUUCAUACUGGAGAGCGGCCUUAUAUGUGCACUACUUGUGGAAAGUCUUUCGCAACCAAAAACAGUUUGAAGGGACAUAUAUUGAUUCAUACUGGAGAGCGACCUUAUAAGUGUGAUACAUGUGGUAAUUGCUUCAAAACCAAAGGCAAUUUGAAUAGUCAUACAUUGGUUCAUACUAACGAAGCAUCUUAUAAGUGCACUAUAUGUGAAAAAUCCUUCACAACCAAAAGCAAUUGUAAUAGACAUACAUUGGUUCAUACUAGUUAAGGAUCUUAUAAGUGACCUACAUGCGCAAAAUCAUUCGCCAUCAAUGAGAAAAUUAAGAAACAUCAUUUGAUUUAUGCACGAGAGCGAUCUCAUAAGUGCACCACAUAUGAAAACUUCUAUCGAAUUAUAUAAGAUUCGAAGAAUUUUAACCCUUAGAGUGCCAGGCGAGAAAUAAAAGUAACGCUCAAAAAUGCCGAUGAUUUUUCCCGAAGGUCGCGCUAAAAGUGCCGAGCGCGAUCUGGCGAUUUUUAGGUUAAAAUUUCGUAAAAAUCGAAUU